CCUCUUUGGCCCGGCCCAAUAAAACCCUAGCCUUCGGUUUUGCUCCGAAUUUGGGGGCGAAUCCUUGGAGGAAGCUCAGCAGGAGGAGCGAAUCGAGGGUUUCUGGAUUUCAGUUUCAAUUCAAUCUCGAUUGCUCUUCGGAUUGCUUGCAAAACAUGGGCCUUGGUACCACGGAUCCGGCGGCUGAUGAUGCUGCCGGAGAAGCUGUCGCCACUGCUUGCUCGAUCUGCCUUGAUGCUGUCUCCGCCGACGAUGGGGCGCGCUCCAUCGCUAAGCUACGUUGUGGCCAUGAAUUUCAUCUCGAUUGCAUUGGUUCAGCAUUCAAUGUUAAAGGAGCAAUGCAAUGCCCAAACUGCCGGAAAGUUGAGAAAGGUAAUUGGCUAUUUGCCAAUGGUAGUCGGACAUUGCCAGAUUUUGGCAUGAGCUCUUGGCCAGAGCUUAGCCUGGAUGAAUGGCGACAGGAUGAAGAUCUCUAUGAUCUUGGUUACUCAGAAAUGGCAUUUGGACUUCAUUGGUGCCCAUUUGGCCGAGUAGCUCCACUGCCCACUCCAUUUGAAGAAGGAGAAUCCUCUCCACCAAUUACUUUUCAAGAGCUUUUCCGGAACCAUACUAUACUUAUGGAGCAUCCGGCUACUUCCUCAACAGCUCAUGUAUGUCCAUAUGUGGCUUACCUCCAUCCUCUUCAACCAUCCUCUUCAUCAAAUCCUCACAUUCCGUCUGAAUCUUCCAUUGAUGGUCCUCCUGCGUAUCAUCAGCCCUGGGCUCGGGUACCUGCACCAGCAAAUGUCCAGAAUCAACAUGCUCUUUCCGCCAAUGAACUUCAUUAUCAUGGUUGGGAACAUCAUCCUCAACACUCUAUACCUACUACCCUUACAAACACUGCUGAUCAAGCUUCAGUUCCUUCUGCAACAGUUAGGGUUAAUUCUGAUGGUCCACCAAGGACAGGAUCUCUCGGCCACCCUUACAUCCUUGCUCAUAGCUCAGUGUCUAGAACCGGAGGUCCAUUUGUUUCCCCAUAUCCACGGUAUGUUAAUAACUCUCGAGUCCAGGGCCAUGUCCAAGAUCAUCAUUACCUACAUCACAAUUCAACGGCUGCGCAUGGGCCUAUCUCGGGUGCACAACGAGGUGCUAGGAGUUUAGCUCCCAUAGGACCAGCCCAACUCCAGCCACCCAAUCCCAACAGCCUAUACCUAGUUACGUCCACCGGAUCAUCCGGCCGGAGCAUUCAAGAAGUGGAAAACACCGGAGGAAACCAUCUUUACGCAUGGGAAAGAGACCUCUUUGCACCCUUCCCAUUACUGCCAUUAGACAGGGAAUCUGGUUGGUUCAGUCAUCCCCACACCGGUGCAUCAUCAGACCCGAACAGAAGAACAGGAUCAUGGCAUCAACACAACGCCGAGAGACCGAACUCUCGUGGACGAACAGACGGUGCCUCACAUUGGCAGAGCCAUAGCAACCGGCAUCAUUUUAUCUGAAUAUCAAAUUGAAUUCGAUACUUUAUGAAAAAAAAGAACUGUAAUUUAUUUGUAAAUGCAAACUGUAUGUGUAACUUUGCCGGGUCAGGUCCUCUUUGAUGGCUGCUACUCAAUGUUCAUCUUCUGACAGGAUUUUCUCUGGCUGAAUGAAUGCAUGAUCUGGCUUCCUGUAUUUUUUUUGAGACUCUGGAAGCUAAGAAAUAACUUCUUUCAUGUUUGUACUUGUAAUGAGAUAUUACAUUUGCAUA